CAGAAAUGGUUCAAUCACAUUCUGUUAUGUCGGAUAGCCGACGCUGACGGUACAAGGCAAACUCCCUUGUAAUUUGGAAUACUUAUCACAGCGUGUGGUAGGUUCGAAUCGUCCAAGCUCAUAUCCCAUACCCCUGGUCGUCUUCCGUCUUAAGAAGGAUUAGUUCUAAUAGUGGGGCUAGUUGUAUUAAUGCGAAAUCCAUUCACACAUCAUCACUUUCUUCUACGCAGAACAAUCGCUCCACAGUCGAACAGGGGUCUACAUAGUGGAGCCCGACGUUUGGACCCUUUUUCUAAGAUUGAACAGAACGGUACGAAGCUAGAGUCAAUGCGAACUUGCAUGACCUGUUCUUCGUGUUUCCCAGUUUGAAGUCGCCAUCUUCGACAACCGGGAAACCGGAUUGGAUCGCGAGUGGUAGAAAUCAUGGCUGUAUGGGAAACUGAAGACGAGCUCAGCAGUGCCGCUGCAGCGACGCUGCCGACACCAACGGAUACGCCCUAUCGGACGCCGUCGCGAAGCUCCCAGCGCUCGAGGAAGUCGCGACGUUCUGGUUCUGCUACGCCCCCUGCUUCCUCCCCGCCUCCACCGCUGCCACUGGACAAGAUAGAGAGGAGGAAGAGUAAGAACAAGAGUAAGCGGACUUCGAAAGAUGGGGCAAACGAAGACAAUGUCAGCAUAUUGGAUCCUCGCCGGUUCACACCAACCCUCCACGCGAACCUCGUUUCGGAGAUACUUUCAUUGCGGAGAGACCAGGAGGAAAAGCUGAAGAUCAUCGAGAGCCUGGAAAGUGCACUGCACACUACCCGAGAAGAACAUGAAUCUUCGCAAACCAAUCUUUCUAGUAUCGGUAAGGAGAAUCGUUCCCUGAAGCGACAACUGGCCCUCCUUGAAGGUGGCACAUCAUCUGCCUUGGGCGAGCUAGCAAGAGAACGUGAUGAAGCUGUUGAUGCAAUAACUGAAACAAAGAGACGGUUGGAGAUCGCACAGAAGAAGCUUCGGACCCAGGAGGAAGAUUCAGAGAGGGUACACGACCUUUGGGCAAAGGAGAAAGAUGAAUGGGACGAGGAAAGGCGUAAAUAUGAGCGGAAGAUACACGUUGCCGAGAGUCGACUAAGGGUUGUCUUGGAGGAGUUCGCCAAUCUCCAGGAGUCGCAAGCGAAUAAACCUCAAAAUGGCGCCGAGAGCGAAGGCGAGGAGGGUAAAGAGAACGAUGGUGCUAGUGUGCGUACUAUGAGUAUAACCAAUAGCAUUCGGUUCUCUAUGAUGAGUGGACAUGGCAAGGCAAAUGGUCACAGCCUUGCCGAUGAGCUCAACUUCGAUGACGAUGACGAUUACCAGACGGAUCCGGAUGGCCGCCAAAGUGUGAUCUCGACCACGAGACACAACCGAGCUCAAAGUCGGGAUAGUAUGAUGUCGAAAUCCCAUCGGCGAAAUACGAGCAUCGAGAGCCAGAUACGGCCAGGCAGUGUUGCGCGUAGCAGGAUGUUCAUGAACCAGACCGUGCUUGACAGGCUAGAAGGUGGAAUUCGCGAGGAUGAUGAGGAAUCUGUUGAUUUACCCUCUAAGGUAGAGUAUACCGACACGGGUGUCCAGUUCUCCCCGCCGCCAUCUCCCAAGGUCGUCCCUGUGAAGCCAUCAACCCCAGAACCCUCUUUGAAAUUUGAGAAGAUGGGCCUAGAGAGUCCUCCCCGGACCGAGGGUGAGAUCGAGGCAAAUCAGAGCCGAAAGAGGGUGUAUCUUAAUAAGCCAACACCUCUGGAAGCCCCGAAACCUGCGAAGCCAAUGAUAUCAGCUGGGUCUCAGACGUCAAAAGAGGUCCCGUCACUGACCACUUCCAACCCGGUGACCGUGGAAAUGAAACCUGCGGCCGCUACCAUCACGAAAUCGAUUGCCACCCAGACCGAUGCUGCUUUGGCUGAACGACCUGCUUCACCUGAGCCAUUUUUGGUACCCAGCAUCAGCAUCAUUCCGCCAACCAGCCGGCCGUCAACGCCACGUGAACACCGGUUACCUCAGUACGUCAAGGACUUUGGGUGUCAAGUUUCUCUUCUGCAGUCGAAGCCUAUGAGUUCGAUUUCAGUCCAGACGGACGAAAUUCGAAUCGACAAGAGGCUCGACAAGCUGCCACCACACCUUCAUCCUUCUGCCAUCUCAUCGAGACCGACAUCCCCCAUCCCUCCUACUUCAGCAGUUGAUGAGACCAAGGCUUUCACUCCGGUGCCUGGACAUGUUCCCCCGCGAAACCCGCGCCGUCUUGAACAAGGCAGGCGGAGUUUCUCAGGCGAACUACCUUCGUCGCCCCCGGCAUCGCCGAUGGCAGAGGAUGAGGAGACGCGGGACGCAUACCCAGGUAACAACGACGAUGGCCCAUUAUCAAGUGCUAAAGCGCCCGUGAGACGGCCGCAUCGGAUUAGCAGCUUGUUUGCCGGCUUUGACGUACAAAGCUCGGACGAGGCUGACGAGUUCAACGAUGAUCAGAGCGACUCCGAAUACCGCACAGCAUUAGCCCCAAGACCUAAAAUCGGCACCGUUAAACCUAGCAAGCGAAUGACGACUAGCGCAGUCUCUCCUGUUACUUCAUCGGAACAGGCUAAGUCCGCGGCUAGGCAGUCGACAAGCGUUGCUAGUAAGAUCGGAAGUCCGGAAGUUUACAGCUCCUACCGCCUUGCUGAUUCUCCUGAAGGGUUGAGACGCAAGCCGUCCCUCAAAGUGUCGACUCGAGCUUCUGGUGGGGCCAUUGGGUAUAGCACAGGCUCUCGGGCUAGCGUGAUGCGCAAGUCAGCCAUGAUCCAGAGUGGCAUCGCUUCGCAUCAGGGCCGUUCGCGAAGUCCCAGCCUACCCGAGUCUCAGGACCCUCCAUUCCCUAUCCCCACGAGGGCAAGCUCGAGGAAGCCGCCGUUUAGCAUCAGUGCUCCGAGCGAUGGCUACCGCAGUCCUACCCCCAAUGACGAAUCUUCUGGCCGCCGGAACAUGAGGAGCAGCAUGUAUAGAACUAGCAGCGUUCGCAAAGCCAGGUCGGUCGCAGCUUUACCCGGCAACCGAAGGGCUAGGAGACAUGGUAGUCGUUCGCCACCACCGCCAAUGUCGCCUUCAGAAGAGGCUCCUGAAAGCCCCGGCCUGCCACCGCUGCCGACAAACGAUAUCACCACUCCCCAACGUAACUACGGAAGAUACCGCGGUCACAGGUCUCAGCCUUCAACGAAUACCGCUAACACGGCCAACACCGAGAACACCAAUGGAGGCUCUACCGGUAGCAACCAACAGUCGUCGAGCGUAGUAGAUGCUAUUGCUCAGACGAUGGUCGGAGAAUGGAUGUUUAAGUACGUCAGAAGACGUAAGUCUUUCGGCAUGCCUGAAGGGAAUGCUCGCGGUGAAGAGAACAGCAACGAUCGCCAUAAGCGAUGGGUUUGGCUAGCGCCGUAUGAGCGCGCGAUCCUGUGGAGCAGUAAGCAACCUGCAAACGGGAGUGCCCUAAUGGGUAAACCAGGUCGAAAACUGGUCAUCCAAUCCGUCCUGGACGUCAAGGACGACAAUCCUCCGCCAAAAGGCGCAGCGCAGAUUUUCAACCGUUCAAUCCUUAUCCUAACACCUCAAAGAGCACUUAAGUUCACGGCCUCGACUGCCGAACGACACUACCUCUGGCUGACAUCACUCUCUUUCCUCGCCCACUCCCAACAAGAUGUCCCCGAAAUCCUUCCCUCAUCCGCCCCUCCUCCCAACCUCGCCGCCCCAGCGCCUCCCGACUUCGAGAUCCCGCAGGCUAAGGUUAAGAAACCUGGUAUCCGAGACUCGAUUCGGUUAACGAAGGGGAAGAAUCCGGCCUUGAUGCACCGCCACGACCCGCUCCCGAGCACGAACGAGCUCGAGGAGUCCUUCAACUCCUUUAAGCAGGACUUACCCAGCCACCAGCGCGACCUGUCGAGGGAUGCCGCCGAACCCCCCUUUAUUCCGCGCUUCCACGAGAGAUCGCACGAGCGUGUGCACGAGCGCGCCAACCAGGUUGUGCUGCAUGGGCGCAAGCGUAGCAACACGGGGGGCCACAUUCCGCCGCCGCUGUCGUUCCGCGGGUUCUCGGGGCCGGCGAGCCACAGCAGCUCGUACCACGCGUCUACCAACAGCACGGCGGGAAACAGCGUGGGCACCGCCGGCUCAUCCGACAUCUACCAGUCGCAGGCGUCGAGCGGCGGCGGCAUGACGUGGGGCAUGAGCACGGCGGGAUCGCAGCGCACUUCCGAGGCGUCGUCGCGGCCGCCGGGCAACUUCUUCGAGGCCAUCGGCACAGUACGCAUGGAGGCAUUCAUUAGCCCGCUGUCCUUCCCCCGCUUCGAGGAGCACCCCGACGAGCAGGAGGAAUGGCGGUACCGUGCCCGAAGGAGGAGUAAGGAGGCACGGCGGAGGAGGAGUCGCAGCAGACACAGGGAUAGCUAUGUUUCGCGCGGAACCCGCGGGACCGAUUCAUACUAUGCGGGGAGUAGAGCGGGCGAAGAAGAUUACUUCCGCGAUGACCCGUUUAAGGGGUUCUGAUUUCGGGGAACCUAUUCCGACGGUUCUUCUUGAGCUAAGCCUUGUGAAGUUUGGGAAGAGAACUGAACCGUUCUGAUGGGUUGCUUCUAUGUCGUUGCCCGUGUUUUGCGCGCGUGAAGAUACCCUCGAGAUUCGUUUGUUAUGUUGCUCAAAUGAUAUCACAUUCGUUAAGCAAGUAAGGGAGGGACCGGAUCAUAUUACAUCUUUAAUGCGUAUGGCCUGGUCUGGCUUCCGUUGGAGUUUUUGGAGUUGUCUCGCUCUUUUGAGUCUUGAUAUCGAAUCUCGCGCCAUUCUGUCGCAAAGCACAUUGCCGAAGCUUCGGUGUACUAUUGUACGAGUACGACUUUGGGUUUCCUUACCUCCCGUUUCCGUUCUUGGCAUCUGAUCAUCACUCGA